GUUUUUUUUUUUGCAUCAAUUCUCAGGUCUCGUUCAUAUUGCAGUACUUGAAACAAAUUCACCAGUCUUGGAACAGAAACAUUGUGAAGGAAAAAAGAGACACUUCCACUGAGAGAAAUAUCCAUCAAGUUUUGUUCUGUCUGUAUGAGAGUAGAUCCAGACACACGGCCUCACAUCUUUCUUGUAAAUGAGGAAGUUAUGGUAACCUACAGAAUGUUCCUAACAGAAGAAAGAAAACUGUAAAUACCUACAAAUGCUUCUUUUCAGAAUGAAAUUCCUACAGCAACUGUUCAGGAAAUCUAGGGGACUGGAAAUGCUCUUUCAAGUACCUUUGUGCCAAAAGCCAGUCCCGUGUAUGUGCCUGGCUACCUCCACUUGCCUUUACAGUAAGAAGAAAAAAGUGAAUGGUUAUGAACAAGUUGAUCAAGAAAAAUACAAGAAUUUGGUCUGCUCUGUGACAUCUUACAAAACCAGCUCCCAAACACCAGAGACAUUAUUUGAAGAAGACAAUUUGUUAUAUGGGCCAGCAGAUAAACAUAGAUCUCCAGUUAAAAACGCUGAAACAAAAACUCCAAAGAGCUGGGUUCCUCUCGUAAACCCCAACAAGAGAAUUCCACUUCCAGGCAGUGACUCAAACCUUCCCCUGAAAAUCAGCUUACAAAGAAACAAAAUACCCAGUGUUACCAGUAUUCUUCAACAGACUAUUCCUCCGCAGCAAGCCCUUUACCUAGAAAGAUGGAAACAGAAAAUGAUACUCAAACUUGGGAAAGACGGUUUUGCAGAGUACACUAAAAAUCUUUUCCUCCAAGGAAAGCUCUUUCAUGCAACUUUGGAAUCUAUAUUUCUGUCUGAAGAGAUGCCAACUAAGGGGCAAGGAGAAGACACUGCUGUUUCUGGCUACUUAUCAAGCGUACAACAUGUCUUAAAAGAUAUCAGUGAAAUAAAAGCUCUGGAAAGUGCGGUUCAACAUGAGACUCUUCAGUAUCUAGGCCUGGUAGACUGCGUGGCUAAGUAUCGAGGGCAGUUAUGUGUGAUUGACUGGAAGACUUCAGAGAAAUCAAAGCCAUCUCUGCAAAACACUUUUGACAACCCAUUACAGGUUGCAGCAUAUAUUGGAGCCAUAAAUCAUGAUGCUAACUAUGACUUCCAGGUUAGUUGUGGACUCAUUGUGGUUGCUUAUAAGAAUGGCUCCCCAGCACACCCACAUUUCAUGGAUCCGGAUCUGUGCUCUCAGUACUGGAAUAAAUGGCUUCUGCGCCUUGAGGAAUACAUGGAAAGAAAAUAAUCCAAACUAAGCUAUACAGAGGCGAGUGGUCUGAGCACAGAGCUGAAGCACUUUGUUCUAAUCUGAAGUACUCUUUUUUGAACAACCUGGGCUAAUUUCUUUAUUAGUUUGUUUUCUCCUUUUUUAAAAAAAAAAAAAAAAAGGAACAGGGAAUAUUUAUUUGCCUAUGUUGUAGGUGAUUUAGGUGGACCCAGCAGGACAACGCACACUUAAUUGGUCCCUAUUUUUCCACACACGCAGUUUCUACCAUCUGAGAUCAAUAGGAAAG